UUUAGUUUGCAAUAUUUGAUAUACAGUAGUAUAAUAUUUCAUCAAUGACAUUAAAUUUAUUUAAAUACUGGAGAAAGUUUAUUAUACAAACUUAUUGUCAAUGAACUUUGAUUACAUUAUUAGUACUAUACAUUUUAAACAAAAUUUCCAAUCUAAACACAUAUUGUUUUAUCUAUAGGAAUGUGUAUUCGAGGACUUGGAGCUCAAGAAAAAGGUUUUCCGUGAAUUAGACGCCAUAGCAUCGGACGAUAUAGUGUUGUGCAGCUCAACCAGUUGUAUACUACCCUCGCUAUUCCAGGCCGACCUCAAACACCGGGCGCAGGCUAUUGUGGGACACCCCGUAAACCCACCAUAUUUUAUACCAUUAGUCGAAGUGAUUCCCAACAAACACACGGAUCCGGAGAUAGUGAAGAGGACUCGGGCUCUGUUCACGACUAUCGGCCAAAAGCCGGUCGUCAUUAAGAAGGAAGUGAACGGAUUCAUCGGUAAUCGCAUACAGUAUGCGAUACUCAGCGAGACAUACCGUCUCAUUGAAGACGAUGUCAUCUCUGUGGAGGACGUGGACACUGUUAUGGCCGACGGGUUUGGCCUCAGAUGGGCUUUCAUGGGUCCCUGGGAGACGGCUCACCUCAACGCCACCGGAAUGAAAGAAUAUUUUGAGAAAUACAGAAAGAGUAUGAGUAGUGUCUGCCAUGACUUCGGACCCGUUCCCACGUUUGAGGGCAAAGGCGCUGAUAUUGUGGUGAAGGAAAUGCAUAAACGGAUUCCUGUCGAGGAUUUACCGGAAAGAAGGAAAUGGAGGGACGAAAGACUCAUCGCUUUGUCGCAGUUGAAGAAGAAAUUGGACCAAUAAUUCAAUUACUGAUUCACACGAUAGUUGAUAUUAAUAGCUAUUAUAGCUUUUAUCAGUUUACUGUGUGAUUGAUUUCAAUAUAAGAAUCGUGAAUAAAAUAAGA